CAACUAAACGCAAAAGGGAAGGUUGUUGCGAAGAAGUUCAAAGAGACAAAAGGAGUACAAAGUGCAUAAUGCAUGUAUGCGCUGGCCAUAGUCAAAGGAUGCUGGCUGCAUUGCCGUAGUUCCCUGAUCCUAUCAUCUCUCCAUCAUAUCCUCUGUGGAUACGAUUUGGCAUGGAUAAGAAUUAUGUCGUAAAUAGGCGGGCAGGCUGGGCUCUGAUUGGUCAGUCGGAGCAGCGAGCAUAUCAAUCAGUGUUCAGUAUAUAUGGAAGUCAACACAGAGGGACCGGCAGCAGGGCCUACAGGGCCUGGUCAACAAGCAAGCCCGGGCCAUAACAGGAGCAUUCAAGACUACACCAAUUGGGCCCUUGAUACGGGAGGCAGCCCUAGAGCCAGCAUCCAGCCUAUUAGAUGCCCGCCAACGAUCAUAUGCAGUCCGACUAAUGGGCCUACCAGAGACCCAGCCGGCCCGGGAAAUCCUCCCAUCACUUUCCGGGAAGGAGACCGCCAUGCGCAGCCCGGGGAGCAACCAAUUGAGGACCGGGCCUGGGCAAGAGACCGCCCCCAGGGCCCCUGGGACAGUAUCUGGCAUGGAAGGUGAAUCAGACCAUGGCAAUAGACCCCUCUGGGGGCUUUGAGCAGGCAGAGUCCGAAGGCAGGGGCUUCCCAGGGACAAUCACGAUCCCCCCAGGCUGACCAGGCCAGGGCGGAAGCCCAAAGGAUGCCCCCAGAGGGAACCUUUUGGUCUGAUGGCUCAAGAUUGA